CCUAAUACUCAUACAUUAUACAUGUUCAAUUCAUUCGACGUGGUUAGCGUUUGAUAUGCUCUUUCGUAUUAUUCAUUUUAUUUAUAAAACGUUUCCUUUGAUUCCGUUCACUGCACGAGCCCGAUAGCGUGCAUUACCAAAAAUAAAUCGAACAAAAUUUAUAAAUCUUAUACUAUUCCAGUGGUACCUACGUAGGUAUAAGAUUCUUCCUAUCGUGUUGAGAUGCAUUUCAACGAAUAUUUCAAAUCUGCUGUGUUUAAUAUUGCAUUAUUUGCGUUGUGUUUAUUUAUCACAUCAUCCCAACAAACAGUGAAGAAACUUGACUUGGACGAAGGUGUUAUAUGUCGUAAAAGCCAGGGAUUAGAACCUGACUAUGUGUGCAGUCGUCCUGAAAACUGUGACUCCGUGAAAGAUCUUUUUAAAAAUCAAACAUACCCCGACAUAUGCUCAUUUGACGGAUUAAAACCAAUAAUUUGCUGUGUACCGGGCAACGGAAAAACAUUCCUUUUGAACCGUACAAAGAUUGAAGAUCCAAUUAUUGCUAAAGAAAAGUGCCAGCAGUAUUCAGAAUUAUUGAACAAAUUUUCAAAUGGACCUUCUGUAACCAAAUUUAAACAGAUGAAAAGAAACACUGAUUUAAAUCAGAUGUCAUCAAGUUCUAUGAACUUUAGUAUUGCGACGAAUUUACCGCCUACAACUACAAUUGUUGAUGAGACAACAAAACAACCAAGUAUUCCACCGAAUGAGAAUGUACUUUUUGUGGUCGGCGGUAUAGUGGCUACACUAAUGGAAUUUCCACAUAUGGCGUUAUUGGGUUACGGUUUGACAGCAGAGGAAAAUAUAUGGGGUUGUGGAGGUUCCUUGAUAAGCGAAAGAUGGAUUUUAACGGCGGCUCACUGUCAAAAAAUGGGUUUAUCGACUGUGGCACGUUGGGCUCGCCUAGGAGAUUUAAAUACAAUCGUGAACACGGAUAACGCUCAACAUAAAGACUAUCGAAUCAUGGAGCAUGUGCUACAUCCGGAUUAUAAACCACCUUCGUUGUACAAUGAUAUAGCUCUAUUCCGCUUGAAAGAAGUUGUUGAAUUCACCUCUUAUAUAAGACCGAUUUGUCUCAACUUCGAUCCAAUGUUGAACCCAACAGUGCAAAUAGCUACAGGCUGGGGAAGGACGUCUACAGACGGACCAACCAGCGCAGAUUUGUUAAAAGUAGAUUUAACAACUAUACCUGCGGAUCAAUGCAACAGCAGUUAUUUUGGGACUUUUGGUCAAAAAUUAAAAUUUGGCAUAUUAAAUGACAGUCAAAUGUGCGCAGGUUCAAUCGAUGGUGGAAAGGAUACUUGUAGUGGCGAUUCUGGAGGUCCACUUCAAAUUAAAAAUCCCGAAUAUGUGGGUAUGUACACUCAAAUUGGAAUUACAUCGUUUGGAAAAUUUUGUGGUGAUAAGGACGCACCCGGGGUAUACACUAGAGUAUCAAAAUAUAUUUCAUGGAUUGAAAAAAUCGUUUGGCCAAAAAUACCUGGUCACGCAAAUAUAUUAUAUUUGGAUGAAGGUGAGAUGUGCCCGGGGGACAGUAGAAAUUCCGCUGUCUGCAAAUUACCAGAAAACUGCCCAUCAUUAGAAAAGGAUAUCAGACGUCAAAAGUUUCCGCAGUUGUGCUCAUUUAUUGGAAACAAGCCAGUGGUAUGUUGCUCGACCACUACAAGUUAUACAGAAAAUAGACCAGCUAUAAGCACUACCAAGCCGAACAUCGCGAGUUCAUACUCGGCUGCAGAGAUGUGUCGUCAAUACUCAGAACUAGCGUACGCGAACAUGAAUAUUCCUUGGUCCACUACAGGAGAACGCAGAAAAACAUUGGAUUGUUACAACGUGAUGCUAUUAAUCGUCGGUGGUACCAGUGCCAAAGCAAAAGAGUUCCCACACAUGGCACUUUUGGGUUACGGCGGCCGAGGUGACGGAGACGAGAAGACUUGGAGCUGCGGCGGUUCAUUGAUCAGUAACAGGUGGAUCUUGAGCGCUGCACAUUGUGCGAUUAAUAAUUCUGGGAAAACGGUGAGCUGGGCGAUUCUUGGCGCACUGAACAUCUCGGACUCGGACAGCGCCAGACCGAAGGAGUACGAAAUCGUAGAAAACAUUGUGCACCCCCGCUACAACCCGUCCUACGUAUACAACGACAUAGCGCUAUUCCGUUUGGGGUCGGACGUGGAAUUCUCUGCGUACGUGCGCCCCGUCUGUCUCAACACAAACCAGUCGUCGGUACACUUCACAGCGGCGUCGGCAACCGGUUGGGGCAGAAUCAGACCUCAUGGCCCGACCAGUCCCGACCUAUUGAAAGUAGCCUUGAAAGAAAUAGACAUGAAAAAAUGUAAAUACAGCUACCCUCCAAGCUCGAACCCAAGAAUAAACCUCGGCAUACUCGAAGACAGCAUGAUAUGUGCGGGCGAUUUGAAAGAUGGCAACGAUACUUGUACGGGCGAUUCCGGCGGUCCGUUGCAGGUGCGAAACGCCGAUUACCCAUGCAUGUACGACCAAAUAGGUAUCACGUCGUUCGGGAAAUACUGCGGUAGCAAGGACACACCGGGUGUGUACACCAGAGUGUCACAUUACGUGGCCUGGAUCGAAGGGAUAGUUUGGCCGAAGAGUUGACGAAUCUUGGCGUCGGUGUCUCAGUCCGCGCGCAGACGAGAUAAAUUGACCAACUAUAAGGUCCGCUAUGGUGCGCGCGGGUGCUUGUCGCACAAGUGCAUGUAAACCCGGAAAAGAACGAUCGUAAAAUAAGUAAUCGUAUUUAUACUGAUUUAAUUUAAUUAAAAUAAAAACAUAUGUCAUACGUAUAA